AUGACACAAAGCGAAAAGUUUCUUUAUCGACAAGGCGAUAGAAUACUUUGUUUUCACGGGCCUAUGAUAUAUGAGGCCAAGAUUUUAGACAAAGAUUACCAACAUCCGAAAUCAGGAGAUUCGGGUCCACAUUAUUUAAUACACUAUAAAGGAUGGAAGAAUACUUGGGAUGAGUGGGUAGCUGAACAUAGAGUAUUACCAAUCAACGAAGCCAAUUUAAGUAGACAAAAGCAAAUUGAAGAAUCUAUGACAAAGAAAAAUAAAUCAUCAUCAAAAAAAAUUGUACAAGAUUCUUCAGUGGAUAAAAACAAAAAGCGAAAAAGAGAGUUUUCUUUAGAUAAAGAUGAUCUCAUUAAGAAGCCUAAGGUUAUAAUUUAUAUUCCUGAACAACUUAGGUUACUUUUAGUACAGGAUUGGGAAAACAUAAAUAAGUCACAAAUGUGGGUGCCAUUGCCACGUAAACCAUCAGUAAAUGAUAUAAUAAGCAAUUAUAAAUCUUGGAAAAAUGAAAAAAAUAAGGAUAAUGAUGGUAUUGCUGAAGAAGUUAGCAAGGGUGUAGGUUUUUAUUUUAACAAAUGUUUGGGAACUCGGCUUUUGUAUCAAUCUGAAAGAAAUCAAUAUAAGGAAGUUCGUUCUAAAUUUGAAAAUCUGGAAAAUGCUCAAAUUUAUGGAGCCGAACAUUUAUUAAGAUUAUUUGUUAUUUUCCCAAAAUUAAUGUCGAGUACGAAUAUUGGCGAGGAGACAUUGAAUGUUUUGAAAGAACAUUUGUCUGAUUUAUUAAACAAUGACAGUCGAUUCACAAGGAUCAUCCAGACAACUCUUCAAUUACCCUCUCAUCCAUCUAAUAAUAUUACAUAUUCUAUAUCUCAAACUGUGUCAACAGCCCCACCAUUUUAUAUUCUUUCAAAACUUUCAGAUCAAAACGUUUACCACGCUUAUUCUGAAUGGUAUCAUGUCAUGAUGGAAAUCCCUCAAUAA